AUGGCCUCAUUGCAAGUGGAAGUCUUUGGAUCUUUCAGAACAGGGCUCUAUCUACCAACAAGUGAUAUUGAUGUUGUAGUAUUUGAGACCAGGGCUAAGACUCCUCAAGGCCUAUAUGCUCUUGCGAAAGCAUUAUCUCAAAAAGGUGUUGCGAAAAAGAUACAGGUAAUAGCAAAGGCCCGUGUGCCAAUCGUAAAAUUCAUGGAAAGAAUUAGUGGAAUACCUUUUGACAUCAGCUUUGAUAUUGAUGGUGGACCACAAGCAGCGGACUUCAUCAAGGACGCCAUCAAGAAGAUGCCUGCUUUAAGACCUUUGUGUAUGAUUCUGAAGGUUUUCCUUCAUCAAAGAGAGCUCAAUGAGGUCUAUACUGGUGGGGUUGGGUCAUAUGCUCUUCUCACAAUGCUGAUCACACAUUUACAGUUGAUCUGGGGAGUGAAAGAUAUGCUGGGCUAUCGACAAUCCAAGGAACACAAUUUGGGAAUUCUUUUGAUCAAGUUUUUUGACUUUUAUGGACGCAAGUUGAACUAUACGGAUGUUGGAAUAUCCUGCAACUCUGCAAGAACCUUUUUCUUAAAGAGUGAUAAAGACUUUGUGAAUCUUGACCGACCACAUCUUAUAGCCAUUCAAGAUCCCAUGGUACCAGAUAAUGAUAUCGGGAAGAAUUCCUUCAACUACUUCAAGGUGAAAUCAGCAUUUUUGAAGGCUUAUUCAGUGUUAACUGAUGGCAAGUUGAUUACAAGCUUGGGACCAAACAGGAGCAUUCUGGGAACCAUUGUCAGACCGGAUUCGGUGCUCCUCGACCGUAAAGGCUGGAACACUGAUAGUGUGUUAGCUGACAUGUUAGCAGAACCCUGGGAACCGUUGCCCCAACGGUUUGACAGUGAGAAUGACGCAUUGUAUAACUGGCACACGUUAGACGAUGAUGAACCACUGCCCAGAAACACUCAACCUGCAUCUGAGGAAACUAGUUCAUCACCACUGGGGAAACGCAAGUCCUCCAAGUCAAAAAAGAAAUCACAAAAGAAGGCGAAGGCUGAUGCAUCAAGCAGUGAUGAUAAUGACAAAGAGGGGUCCAGAAGCAGAAGAGAACAGAGUCGGGGUAAAGGGUCGGCACAAAGUGAAAAAUCGCGUCGCAGUGGGGGAAGCAGCCGAAGAAGGAAAGGGACGCGAGAGUAUGACAGAUUUACAAACACACUCCCACAGUACACGCACAUCAGCAGAUGGUGA